UUAGGUCGGCGCUUGGAAGGUGGCGCGGCAGGGCCAGUGCAUCCAAGGCAAUGGCGACAUCCGAAGAGAAGCCCGAGGAGGAGGCUCCUCCUGUUCCCGGUCCCGACGAGAUCGUGGUACUUAUCCAGUACACGGAGAAGGAUCUCACAUUCGCUCAUCUGGCCCAGAAGAGUGCGAAGGCUCAUGAUGUGAUUGCUGCUUGUGCAGUCAAGGCUGCAAGCAUGAUCUCAGCGGCUACUGGCAUUGACCGGAAGGACCUCACACUGUACCCACCAGCUUUCCUCAAUGCGGACAGGACUGUGAGCCAGUGGGCUGCGAUUGCCCGUCCUCCUACUCUCACUGUCUCAACGUUGAAGAAGAAAGGGCUUCUUGCCCAGAAGGAGAGUCUCAAGAAGCAGUACAAUGCUUCUCUUGAUUUUGUGACCUCGCAGCUCAAGAAUGCAGAGGACGCAAAGAAGGAUGUAGAGGACGCAAAGAAGGAUCUGGAGGGCAAGUUAGAGACCAAAAACAGGCAGCUGGCCACUCAGCUGCAAACUAAGAACAGGCAGCUGGCCGAGAAGACCACACACGUCAACAAUCUCGAGAACCAGGUCGAGCAACUUCGUCAGGACUUUCAAGCAGCCAUGAGCCAGCAAACCCGCGAGAUCCAAGCUUUGAGGGUGGAUAGCCAGGUUCUGACCCGGAAGGUUGAGGUUUUGACCCGGAAGGUUGAGGUUCUGACCCAGCAGAAUGAGGUUCUGACCCGGAAGGUUGAGGUUCUGACCCAGCAGAAUGAGGAGCUCAAGCAGCAGAGCCUGCUGCUCUCUACAGUGGCUCAGCAGGGCAGGGCUCUUGCUGAUGCAAAUCAGGUUCUCACAAAUGAGAACCAGGCAACACGUGCUGAGGUGGCAGCCUUGAUGAGCAGGGUGAACGAGCUGGAGACAUACAUCUAUGGUGCUGAUCGUGUCCUUCAGUAG